CUUCCCAAGUCCACCCUCCUCCAUACAUUCUACCCGCCUCUUAUUCCGCCUCCAAUUCAUCGAGGAGCUUCGUUUUGCGCGCUGAAGCUGCUUCGUACUAUUCAAUCUCUUCAGCUCCUUCGGUGUCACAACCUCAUCACAAUCACUGGGUAUAACUUGACACGAAGCAAACGCGAGCUCUUUGUGGCUACAAAGCCAACAAAGCCGCCACGACUUAUUUCCGAUUCUGUAUACCAAGCAGCAACAACAGUUGAACCUCGGAAAUGGCGAGCUACCAAUACAGCAGAGAACCUCCCCUCACGCGAUCGCCGACGGAGAGGGAUACCUGGACUAAUCGGGAUGAUGCGAGGCCAAAUGACCGCCCAGAACGCCCGGAUUCUUUCUAUCGUGGCAGAUCUCCUGGUGCCAACCGCCAACGUAGGCCACGAAACCGCUCCCGUUCGCCAUUAGCAGUUGACCGAUACGAACCUGGCCCUCGGCUACCUCGCGACGAUUAUGGCGGACCCAGAGAUCGAGAUGAGCGACGCAGGCCAUCACCAGGGCCUGCCCAUAUCGACCGAUACAUUCCAGGCCAGGAUUCUGGCAGUGCUCCUAUCACAGUGAAUCCACUAGCCGAUCCAUCGAAGCUACAAUUUCAAGUGGGGUUUUCAUACUUUGGAGAAUGGUGGAGGACGAAUGAGAAGAUCAAGGAGGAGAAAGAGCGACAAAAGACUGGUAGGAGGCGGGAGCCAGAAAGAGUUCGCGGUCAACGCGAGUCUCAGGGAGAUCGCGACAAGGAAAAGGCACGCAUACAGGUCGCGUACGACGCAUAUAAAGAAGACCUACAGGCAAAAAUGGCGAAAACGUUUGUUCAGGAGCACAAAAACGAGCAGUGGUUUCAAGAGAGGUACAUGGCUGAGGUUAGAGAGCCACUGAAGGCGAGGCUCAAUGACUUUCGCCGCCUAAAUUAUACCCGAUGGGAGCGGGAUUUGGAUGCAGGGAUAUUCGACGAGUACUCACUGGAGGGCAUUCCAAAGGGCGAAAUAAAUAGCUCGGGCACCCUUAUUGAGAAAGAGGAGGGCGAAACUACAGCAGCGAACGAGGUCCUUGGAGUUGGGGAUCUCUUACCUUCGAAAGGAAGUGAUAUAAGAGACGAAGAUGCUUUCCUACCGACACUACUCAUCAAAACGAUCGCCCCUCACGUCAAUCGUGAUAACGUGGUUUCAUUCUGCAAGGAACACCUUGGCGAGGGCGAAGGAGGCUUCAAAUGGCUCAGUUUGAGCGACCCUAACCCAAGCAAGCGAUAUCAUCGGAUAGGCUGGGUUAUGCUGAAUCCCGGAUCAGAUGCCCCUUCCCCUUCAUAUCGUCCCGAAGCAAAUGAAGGGGAUGGCGAGGCACCAGAACAGCCGGCUGCCCCAGUAUCUGUAGCCGACAAGGCUUUGGAAGCCAUCAAUGGCAAACAAGUUAAGGAUGAAGUGCGCGGGGACUUUACCUGUCAUGUCGGCGUCCACGUGCCACCUUUGAUGCCAAGGAAAAAGGCUCUUUGGGACCUGUUCUCCGCUCCUGAGCGCAUCGAGAAGGACCUUGACCUCGCUUCGAAACUGAUCAAUAAGUAUGAAGAAGACUUUGGAUCAGAUUUCAAUGCCGUUCUCAAGAUUGAAGAGAAGGUUGAUGAACUCAAGAGCCAGGGACUCAUCAAGCCUGCGGUACCUGCGCCGAAAAAGGCUAAGUCUGAACGCAACGGCGACGAGGCUAUGGCCGAUGUCGAAGAAGGCGAGGAAGAUGAGGAAGACGAAGGCGCGGUCGAUGAUGAAGUUGACGAUGAUGAACUGCUGGUCAGGAAGAAACAACUUGAUCUAAUGGUUGAGUACUUGCGAAGAGUCUUCAACUUCUGCUUCUUCUGCGUUUUCGAGAGCGAUUCUAUUCAUGAACUGACUCGCAAGUGUCCGGGUGGCCAUCUUCGUCGCCCAAGAAAUACGUUGACAGCCUCAGCCAAGGCUGCAGCACGUGCUAGCGCCAACGGCGAGCCCCUUCCUGACAGGAAGAAGAGUGAUGCAGAGGAGCGCGAGGCUCCUGGUUCGCCGGAGACGGACAGAAAGUUCAACCGCAAUAGCACUGCAUCGAAAACGGAGCAGCAACUUCAGCGUGCGUUCAAUUGGGUAAAGACUUUCGAGGAGAAGAUCUUGCAGAUCAUUGAGCCGGAGGACAUCGAUGUUCGCAAGCUUGGUGGAAGACCAGUGGAAGAGGCAGUGGAGGAGGAGAUGGACAAGCACGUGAAACAGGAAGACGAGCAUAAAUACCGCUGCCAUGUUCCGGAGUGUACGAAGCUCUUCAAAGAAGAACAUUUCUGGAGAAAGCACGUGGAGAAGAGACAUCCUGAGUGGCUUGAAGGUAUAAAGAAAGAAUUUGAGCUAGUUAAUACCUACGUCUCCGAUCCAGCACACAUUGCUCCCUCCCGUUCCGACGCGAACAGCAACGGCCACUUCCCACCCGCCAACGGCCACCAGCCUGCAGGCACACCCCGCGGCUUCAACCUAAACUCCUUCGGUAUGAAUGGGAUCCCCCCACUCGGCAGCUUCGGCCCACCAGGCCAAUUCCCAGCCUUAUUCGCUGGUCACUCCGUCCAAGCACCUCUUGGAUGGGCACCCGGCGGCGACGACCGUAGCGGAGGUUCCAUCCGCCGCGGCGGCGGACGCUUUGGAAACCCACGUGCUGGCCCAUACGAUAGACGCCCAACGGACAGGAGAUGGGGCAAUGAAAGCGGCAGGCUCAGUCCCCCCGGUGGCCGGAACGGCAGGCCUGGCGCGACUGGUGCGGGGAGAUGGGGCGAUGGAGCUGCAGGUGGUGCGGCCCCUCCGCCGAGAGAGGCAGUGGUAGGGAGGAGUCUGAAGAGCUACGAAGACCUUGAUGCGGUUGCCGGCGGGGCGGGCGGGGAGUUGAAUUACUAGGUGCCGGUACUGCUGAUUGCUUGCUUUUUCUCUGGAGUGGAACGAGUAGGGUUAUAUGCCGGCAAGGUUCAGGGCGUAUCCAAUUGCAUGGCAUAGUAGAAGCUUGCGGGGUUCUGUCGGGUCGCGGCUCUGGUUUAGCUGGCUGCUCAGGCUACAGCUUUCGAUUAUGGGGUAUUGCUGGCGAUUUUUUUUGCACGGGGGGGAAUUGGGACAUUGGGAAUUAGGGUAGCUCGCAAAAGCUCGUUGUAAGAUAGCAUAUAGUUUUCUCAAGUGGCAAUACAGGGCAUAUUUUGCAUUAUGGGG